GUCACGGUUUAAACAGUUAAACGCGCUCUCCAAUAGAUCAUAUGGCAUGACACCGGACGAAGCAUAAACACUCAUGGCGAACAAAAAGGUCUCCGUUUCUUCAACUUCCCUCUCCAUGACUCUUCCGAUUUCGUGCCAGAUAUGUCUAGGGAAGGUUAGAGAGCCUGUAGUUUGUCCUAACCAACAUGUGUUUUGCUCAAACUGUAUGGAUUUGUGGCUACGAACACACUCAUUCUGCCCAACGUGCCGAACGCCGAUAACAACGGAGAAGCCCUGCAAGAAAAUUCUUGGAAGUAUUGAUUUGCCAGUGAGUAAUGAUGCUGUAACAAGGGCAGACUUAAGACGUACAAGACUUGACUUAAUAAGGCAAGAAUAUGAGGAUGAAGUCAAGUCUCUCCAAAACACUGUCGAUCGUCUAAAAGCUGAAAACAAGCAACUUCAUGAAAAGAUGAUUGAAAGAGAGCGAACAAUGGCGUCUAUGGAUUUCACCAACAGACAUCGUGACAAAGAUGAUGGUGGUACUGGAAAACUAGACAUUGACAUGUUGGUAAAACUUACCACCAGAUUACAAGAAGCAAGCUACACUUAUGAAAAUCUGCGAGGUGAUAUGGACAAAAUUAAAGAGGAUAACAAGAGAUUACAGGAAGAAAAUAGGACUCUAGUUAGGGAAAAUUCACGUCUCAAAGAAGAACCCAAAUUUUCAAAGUCUCCUCAGAGGUACAGUCAUUACACAAUGGCUGGUCUUCAGACAAAGGUGGGUCAGUAUGAACGUGAGGUUCAACAGCUUAGAAGGGCACUUCGAAGGAGUGACACCUAUAUAGAGGAUUUAACAAACAAGCUGGAGUCAUCCUCAGGGCCAGCUUCCUCCAAACUUAAAAGGGCACAUCUUAGAACUAGCCCUGUACCAUCUUCAUGUACAAUAACAAGUCUCGCAGAUGACCAAGAUCCAUCAGAGAAGAGUAAAAGUAGUAAAAGCUCAGAUGUUAUUGAUGUUGAGAACCCCAGUCCACCUGAAGAUGCAAGUCCUCCUGUUGACAGUAGUCUAAAGAAAAAGAUUUCAACUGCAAGUGAUAAUGAAAAUAUCACUUCCAAUGGUCACUCCCCCAUCCUAGCACCAGUUAGCAGUGAAAGGUUCUCCUUAGAUAAUACUACUUCAUAUGGAGGAGAAGAAAGGGAAUCAGGUUUGAGCUCCAGACGUAGCUCUGAAGUCAGCUUGUAUGGUCAAGACCUCGAUAUUCCUCCUGGGCCUCUCACAAGUUCACUAAACAUUCUUGAGCCAGUGGAAGGAGAAGCUCUUGAUCGACCUCCAUCUAGAGGUGAGCUUUUGUUACUUGGCGACCCUUCCAGCAGGCGACAGGAGAAGCCUGCAUUGGAAGAAAACCUCAAUAUGUUCACAGCAAGCCGAAGAUUGAUGAUGAUGAGUGAGCGAAGAGCAAGGCAAAGAGAAUCACUGGAGCCUGGUAAACUUUUGCGAGAUCUUGGAUCUUGUUCACCAACCAGCUCUGAGGGAGGAAAAAGAAAAUCGCUUGAUGCAAAAUCACUUGAUUUUGAUUUAUUUACUCCUGCACCAGAUGAGGAAUCACCCAGCAAUUCAGCUUCACAGGAAAAUUCCUCUCCCCCACCAACAUUCAAUAGAGAUGCAGAACUUACUGAGGGUGAGUCCCCCUGUUUCCGUACCUUUUCACUAGCUAAAAUAAAGUCAGAAAUUGAGGUAGAUAAUGAAGACGAAACCACUGCCAAGAAGCCAAGACUUGACUCAGAUGAGUUCCCAGAUGCUGAAGAGGAGGAUAAAGAGGAGAAAAAAAUUAAUUGAUUGCACCACCACUUCAUUCUUUAAGAAUCUUUUUUCAUAUCAUGUGAAAGCACAAUGUGAGUUUUUUUACCAGGUGAGAGGAGUUAUUUCAUAAUUUUAAUUUAUUGUAAAUCAUGCUUUUAUUAAUGUUGUAUAUAUUAUUUACUUAUUAAGUUAUUGAAAAAAGUUAUACAUUAAUAGUGCUGCAAAGUAGGAUCAAGUGGUUUUUAUUUGUAAAGAUGAUGUGUAUUUUUUUAGAUGAGCAUGUACAGUAUUGAAAUGAAGUAAAGAGGGAGAGGAAAAAAUUAAUUUAGAAAGUAACAGCUAGAGAGUUAAUGACAAUCAUUCACCAGAAUAUGUUGAUUAUCCUUAUUAAUUCACAGAGUUUCUUCUGUUUGUGUUGAAUUUUUUUCCCUUAACAUCAUCAUUUUAACAAACAAUCUGAAGAAUCAAAUAAUUCAAACAUUUCUCUCUGGACUAUUUUGGACCUUUAGAAGAACAACAUUAUUUCAUGAACUGUGGGUAUGCCUGAGGUUAAUUAAAAAGGCUUUUUGCAACAGUUUAUCGCAUAACCUUAGUUUUUGGUUUAAAUACAAUGAUCUGAAUUUUUUUGUAGCAUGUGGUAAUUGGAAAUUUCAUUGAAGGAAAAUUGCCACAUUUUCAACUGAUCAGAGACUUUAAGUGGAAUUUUGUCUUUGGAUAUGUAUUCUGGCUAAAUGAAACAUGAUCUUUCUACACUCCAACAGGAAGUUUGCCAUUUGUCAAGUAACCAACUGUUGCAAAAGGACUAUUUAAAUUUUACUCAUUUGAAAGAAUUUUUUUAAAAUUUAGUGAAUUGUGUUUGUGUAAGAAGAGAAAUAUAACAGCCUCUUUCAUCAUAUGUUAUUUUUUUGGUAACAUAACAAACUGAUUUGUUUCAUGCAAAAUUAUUUUGUUGACAUGUAGCAAAAUCAAAAGAUUUUGACUCUUGGUGACGUAGUUUUAUUAGCAGAAAAUGAAGGGGAAAAUUUUGCUAGUUGUCUGAAUCCUCAGUGGGAAAUUCUAUUAUCUUAGUCUACAAUGGUUUUAGUAUGUUAUGGUGACAUACUCAUCAAAGAAAAAAAUAUGUUUUUCAAACAUCUUACUUAGUUUGUACCUAACAUCAACAAAAAUCUUUUACACUUAUCAGAUCAAUGUCAGUAUCUGAGCAACUGUGCACCACCUACCCCUCCCCAAACCUAACAUCAAGAUUCUAAGUUGUUAUCAGUUGACUGUUGUAGGGUUAGGGGAGGGGGGAAGGGUGGACAGGAGCUAAGAUACUAACAUUGAUCUAACUUAUCAAUCUACCAAAAUGAUUGAGCUCCUAAUAGUACUGCCAUAAUUGUUUUAAAAAAUCCUCUGCAAAAACUAAGGUCACUUUUUCAUUUUGAACAAUAAUUUGUAACAGUUGAAUGAUAUUUGAAACUCAUAUAGUGUUACCUAGGGGAACAAGGUUUUCUUAUCCAAAUCACAAUAAUUUUUUUAUGCAAAUACAAUGGUUGUGUUUUAUUAUUUUCCACUACAUUUAUAUUAAUGACUCAAAGUAGACUUCAUUCCAGUUCAUUUAUGAACGCUAAAAGAUUAAGUUAUUAAUAUUUUGUGAAUAUGUGUAUUCAGUAGAUUAUAGUUAGGUUAAAUCUGACAACUUCUUUAAAAGAAGGAUAACUGUGUCAGUCUAAAAGACAAGUCAAUUAACUAUUGUUUUGAUUUUGUGACAAUUACAAUCACUUGCAUGCCCACACAACCUUCAAAUUUAAACGUCAGUAGACAUAUAUGCAUUGUUAUCAAGCUGUUAUAAAAUAAGCCAGAUUUAAAUUUACAGAGUUCAAAUUUUGUUUGAAUAUGCUAUGUUUUGUAGUUUAUUGUUCUUAAUGAUUUCCUUGAUUAAGCAAAAAUAUCCAGUGAAAAUCUCUUUCCAUAUGCAUUUUAAUUCUAAGAAAUUUUGAGUUUGUGAAGCGGCGUAAUUGAUUGCAAUAGUUACUGUCAGAAGUUUUGUUCAGAUUUUUCUUGACCUUGCAACAACAGCAAAGUUAUAGUAGCUGAGAAUUAUGGCAUUAGAAGAGCACAUUAAUUUCUGGCCUUUCUGAGGCUCAGGAGCGACUUGGAGAGAGUCCCUGUAAUGUCCUGUAGAUUUAAAAAAAACGGGUCUUUAUUUCACUAACAUCAAAAUAUCACGAAACCCCUCCAAGAAUGGUCUGGUACUCUAUGGUGAUAGUAAAUUAAGGAGGGGUAAUUUUCUUGUAACUUAUACUAAAUAUAUUUACAGAUUCUGGCUUGUACUUGAAGUCACUGUUGAAAUUUUUGAGAGUAAUUUGAAAACCUUAUCAUAUGAUUAGUGUUACAAACUUGUUCUUAGCAACGUUAAUUUGUUUAGCUGAGCUGCAGGGUAUCAAUGAACUUUUACUGGUAUGAUAGACAAAUUGGUUUACAUUGGUGUGAGCUUUUAAUGCCCAAGAUACAAUGGUUAAUUCUCUCCACUGAAAUCCAUAUAUUUUCUAGUUAACUAGAUGGGAGAAUUUGGUGUGAUGUCAUGAUAUAACCUUUUUGACUGAUAAGUUUGUUUGUUCUCAUAUCUUGUUUGUGAGGUAACAUCUGGGAAUUGCAGGAAAAUUGCAUGUUGAUGAAAAGGGUUACCCCUUUUCUCAUAGGAGGGAUCAUUACAGAUAUUUUCCUCAUGUUGACAAAUUGUCUCACAGAAAGCAAAUAAGGAGUAAGGAGAUGAUCAAACAAUGGGUAUUGUUUGGAUGGAACACCAUUUUCUCAACACUAGUUAGCCAUGAACUUUAAGGCUACCAUAUUUGAGAAUGAACUUUCCUACAGUAGUGUAACUAAAUGGAGAGGCUACAAUUCUCUUCCCCUUCUCUCUUCCCCGCCUUUUUAGUGGGUUCCUUUUUGUUUAAUGUAAUGAACGCUUCUUUCACAAUUUCUGCUAAAUUAUGCUAACCCCUAAGUGAUUCUGUGUUGAAGUCUAUCUCAGAGCACCUUCAUCACAGUUCAAAUUCAGCUGAAAGGUUGGGAAGAAUCAUGAAUUACCAUUUAACAGAUGCAAAACCAAGAAAUCAAAGUCUAUUUUUCCUCUUGUCUAUUAAAGAAUAUGUUGAUUUUCUCUCCAAAGCCCUUGUAGGAUUCAAAUUUGAAUCUUUUUUGUGAUAAGGUUUUUACAACUGUUAAUGUCCGGAUAUAACUGUAUGUUAAUUAGGUCAUGCUUAAAGAAUGCUUUAUGUUUAAAGCAAAGGCUAGAAAGGCAUUUUUGUAAUUUUAUUGACGAAGGUCAUUAAACAAGAAAGAAUUUCAGCGUA